AUGAAAAGCCGUUUCAAGCGCACCAACCGCGAGACCUUUGCCUUGUUUCCACGGCGCGAUGGCAGCAAAACGGAGCUACCCCUGCGCAGUCAUGGGAUUUACCUUGGCACCGUGAUGUCAUACCACGCCUUUGAACUGCAAACAUGGAACCAUCGUCGAAGAGCUGCAUGGAGUGCUUUUGCUAGACUGGCUCAAUGGCUCCGUCACCGACAAUUCCGGUUACAACACAGACUGUAUUUGUGGAGAACAUGCAUCAACACCAUACUGACUUAUGGAUUGUUUGCAACUUCAUUUACAUUACAGACUUUGCAGGCCUAUCAGCUCACAGUUUAUCAAAUGUUGCGCAAAAUCAUUGGCGAUCAUGCCUACGUGACAGGUCACAGUCAUCAGCAGGUACUUCUUGCAUAUGACCAUGCCCAGCCAAUGGAAAUCCUCUUUCAGCUAGCUCAGAGCCUAUGGCAUCGGCUUCAACAGAGGCAGCAAUGGUUGACACCAGAUGAUUUUCUCCGGUAUGUUGAUUGGUCCCAUUUGCAAGACACACUGAAUUUGAUCCAAACCAUUGCAACCAGCUUUCCGGAGGUGCCCAUUGGACCUGGGGAUGAUGAUUGCCAGCAGAUGCAGGCACCCCAACUGACGAGAUUGACACAGCCCCGGUCGACCAACCAGGCCAGGGGUAGCUCCCAUGCUGAGUCAUCCAACUACCAUGUCACCAUACAGCCGUUCUGGACGGAGCUCAAGGACAAGAUCCAGCGACAGGCGUGGCAGGAGGUUGCUGAGCUUCCAGAUGCAAGUCAGUACCUUACACACUCAUGUAUGGUGUGCGGCAUUUGGAACAAUCGCUGCCAAGAAAUGAAUGGCCACUACCGGCUUCAUCACCCAGACCUGACGCAGGGUAUUUUUACCAAGUCAGCGCAGAUCACGAAGCUGAUGCCAAGCACUAGUCCAUGCGUGCUUUGCAAGACACCCUUCAAGCGGGGGCACAUGUGCAAAGUGGCCACUCAAUUGGCGGCCCUGGCUCUGCAUUGCCUUGACCUCACCUGCAACCAGUUAUGCUGUGAUAUCUGUGCCAUGGAGUUUGAAACCACAGCCCAAUUACAUGCUCACCUCAGUUCUGACCAUGAAGUCCAAAUCCACGACUGGAACGCUGCCAGGGACUCUCUCCCGGAGAGCAAUGGAUGUAGUCACUGUGGCCAAAUAUAUGCCACACGUGCAGGAUUGCGUCGUCACAUAACUGACGGGCGCUGCCCGUUCUUUGAGCCGAUGGCGUCCAACACGCCACUGAAUGCGGCAGCCAAAUGGGCCCUGAACCUUCAGUCGGGAGCCAUUUCGACCACAGGCUUGCCAGCACAACAGAGGCUUCAGUUGACGCUCCAUUGCCAGUUCUGCGGGGAGGUGUACUCAAGAAGCAAUGACUUAAGCGCGCAUCUACAACAGACGCACGCACAGCUCUGGGCUCAGUCAGGUGAAAUGGUCCGCUUCCUCUUGCAGACGUUGACUCCAUAUGUGGGAUGCCUUUGCAACCCUUCCACCCAUGAUGUGAGCCGAACCCACAUUUGCAAUGUGAUCAGACAGCUGUCCAUGAUUUUCCUGACCAGUGAGCAAGACCUCCUGAUCCCCUGGCAUUUCAGUGACGCUGACCUGCGCAUGGCCUACAGACACCUGCUGCCCAACCCACAUGUGGACAUGAUGCUCAAUGUGCUGGUGGACAGAGAUUACAGUCAUUUAUGGCAUGCUCCCACGCUGUUGCAAAUGCUCAGACAACGUUGCGUGCUUUGUGGCAUACAAUUUCAUCCAGCAGCACUGACGAUGCACCUGGUGGCACAACAUCAUGACGACAGUCAGUGGGCGGCUCAGAUCAAAUUUCAACUUCACAUUUUACAGCGUGCUGCCCAGUGCUUCACCAAAUUGCCCUCCUGCUCCUUCCGAUCCAUGGCAGAUCAGCCCAUGAUGGAUCAAGCAGAUACGGAGCUGCUGAACUCGUUUGCGGCGCUGGGACCCCUGCUGCUGCAGGCCAGUCAGUACCACCGCUCAAACGACGACGAACCCAAUCCCAAAAAACACCGCCAUGCCAUGGUGAAGCAGGAGGACGAUCACGGUCCAACACAGAAAGCACUCCUGGGCAUGGUGAAACUCAUGGCACAGGUCAUCAUCCAGCACGACAAGGCCAUCCAGAUGCAACACAGACAGACCUGCUUCGUUUUGUUCGUCCAAACCAAUCCAGGCAGUGCUCUGGGGGUGCUGACACAACAGGCCCUGGCCUGGAAGACGCAGAAGAGCAACGACCAGGCCAAUCCAUUGACCCUGAGGACCUUCCUGUUGAGGAGCGUCAUCCUGGAGCUGCAAACGAGAUUGGUGAAGCUUUCACAGAGCUCGCAGGGCAAUCCAAUCUGGGACACGGCAGUACAAGAGGGAGUGAUCCUAGCGGACGGCUCUUGGCCGUUUCAACAUUGGUGUCACAAGGAGAAGAAGCUGAUCCGAUCUCAUCGCAAACCCAUGGGGAUGGCCAGGACUCAAAGAGGUACAGCUGCUCACGGAGUUGCUGCAGGAGGAGGGGCAGGUCAUGCGCUUUCACAGCCUGAAGCCGCAGACCACGGUGGUGCCAUGGAUGAUCGAGUUGAGCCUCAGAGAAACCGAAAUGUGGAACACCCUGAUGGGCAUGACGCAGUCAACGCUGUGGACGCUUGUCGGAGCAUCACUGAAACAGCACUCACAGGCGACGAGCAGACCGACCCAGAUGCUGGAGCAACUGUUGACGGGCCAGAAAGGCAAGGGCCAGGGGAAGGGCAAGAAGAAGAGUACUUGAACAGGCAAGCACGCAACGCUUUGCGUGCUGCCCUGACCAAUCUUGUCCUGGACAACUCCAGUCACCUUUGCUAUGCCAAUGCAGCGGUAUCUUGCUUCCUUUGGGCCAGCCUGUCGCGACCGCGCUUCAGCUACGCUGAUUGGGGAAUACCAGCCCCUUUGUUUCGUGAAAUGCUGAGUUCGCCUGAACCUUAUUCCAUAGACAGUCAGACAUGGUAUGAAGACCUCACACUUCAUUGGGAUGACAAUCAUGGUCAGGCGGACUCUGCCGAGUUCACACAAAUGCUGGUUCAGUGGGUGUCACCUGCAUUUUAUUGCAGCUAUUGGCACAGACGAUGGAUGCAGUGUGAAAAUGUGCUGAUCCAUGACCACGGAGACAGGCAUCAACCACUGUUUCUGCAACUUGAGCCAACACACGUCACCAAUGGUAUGAUCCGUCUGACUGACAUGCUGAGGAGCUGGCACGGGGAGCUUGGCAUGAGUGCAGGUCUGUUGCGCCCUCCAGAGGUCUUUUGUGUUCACUUGGAAAGGAUGGUGCAAACAUCCAAAGGUGCACUCUACAAGAUGCAGACACCCAUCAUUUUCACAGGAAACAUUCAGGUACCAGUGUUCCAAGGUAGCACACUGGACUGCAGAUGGGAGGCCUACCAGGCGGUUGCGGCCUUUGCACACUAUGGUGAGUCAAAUGCUGGCCAUUAUCGCGCGCUCUUGCGCACUGAGCCAGGUCAUGUUGGCCUUGAUGCUACAGCAUAUUGGCUGGACUGCGAUGACUGCAGGAAGCCCAAGCCCUGCACGUAUAUCCCAGAGGGAUUCAUGGCUGGGGUCACAUGUGUUUGGCUGUGCCGCACGGAUCUCAUCGAGUUGCAUGACUGGCACCAGCCGCCCAAUGCCACCACGCCAGACACCACGCACCCUGCCCCCAGGCAGGCUUAUCCCUCAGGCCUGAGAAACCCUCAGGAAUUUGAGAAGAGCCAACCAUUUGCCUUUUGCCUAGCCGGCGACAUCUCGAUAUUGCACGCCAUUUUGGCGCUGAUGCACGGCACGAUUCUGCGUUCACAGUUUUGCUGGCUCCCACAGAAACAGCCGCAAGUCUGGUCCCAAAUCCAGACGUUGGCACUGGUUGCGGUCAUCUCUGAAACGAGAUGGUCCUUCCAAUCCACCUGGAGCGAUCAAGAGUGGCACCACAUCCACAGUGCUGAUCAGGCUCAUCGUGGAUCAGGUGUACUAAUUCUUGUUGCCAAGCGUCUUUGCAAAGCAGCAGACCUCAGAUGGAACGAACUUGUCCCAGGAAGACUAGUUCACGUCCGUCUCAUGCAGACAACACGGAACAUCGACAUCGUUGGAUGUUACCAACAUGUGUUCACCAGAGACAAAGCCUGCUUGCAACACCGAGAGCAGUUUUGGACGGCUCUUGACAGCCUUUUGACGCAGCUCCCGGCAAGGAAUACACUCACAUUGUUAGGAGAUCUGAACUGCAGCCUGCCAGCUGCGACUGGAAUCUGCGGCAAUGCAAAAUACCGCUGGCAAGAUAAGACCAUACCUGGUACUACGCACCCAGAUUCCAACAGAUUCCUGACUGUCUUGAAAAAGCAUGGACUCGUAGCUUUGAAUACGUGGAACUCCAGCACUGGCCCUACUUUCAUUUCAACAGGCGGGACAAGCCGAAUUGACUACUUUUGCACCCGCAAGCAGUUUGCUGAUGGCAAAGCCCGAGACAUCCAGUGCCUCUGGAAUGCACCAUUUCAGCCAUUUGCACAGGCGGGGCAUGCUGUUCUCAUCGGCCACAUUGCUAUGUACUGGAUUCCCCCCACUUCAAAGCUGACUGGCUUGACGCCCCAUCAAAAACUGCAGGGACGCAUUGCCAAGAUGACCAACAGCACUGCAUGGCAGAACUAUGUGGCAACUGUCGCCCCAGACUUGAGCCAUCACCUGACCCAGGUCCUGACCUCAGACCUUGUGGCUGCAUUGAAACUGAUUCCCACCGGGAAAGCUGUUGUGGCACCCUGCGCUCCGGGGCCGACCUGGAACUCCACAGCAGACCUGAUUGCUCCAGUUUUGCAUGCCAUUUUGACUAGGCAAGCUGACAUGGAGUUUCGGAAGUGGCCCAUUUGGGCUUUUUUGGCCCACCGCUCCACGCAAGACCCGCUGGCCAAAGUUGCCUGGCAUUGCCGGGUUUUUGUGGAUCUGGAAAGAGCAUUCGACAGUGUUAAUAGGGUCAAACUUUUUGCAAAGCUGUCCACCUUAGGGAUUGACACCAACAUCACCCGCAUCCUGCAGAGCUGGCAUGUGGCCAUCGGCAUCCUUUUUCAGACCCUACAUGACUUUGAUCUAUCCCUGAACCCUCAGAAAUCUGUGGCUCUUCUUGCGAUGCAUGGACCAAAGAGCCGACAGAAGCGUGCUCAGCUUUUGCACAAAGACCAACAUGGCGUGUUCCUGGCACUGAUUUUGCAUAUCGCUGCAGAUUGUGCGAUCCAAUUGGGCCCACCACCGUGCGUGGGGACAUCGACUGGGAUGACACAUCACCCAGCGCCUGCUGACACCAGCACAGCACUCAGGGGUAGCAAGCUCCUGUCGGAAGCUGACCUUGCACUCCUGAGACAACAACCUUGGGGCGACCGUGUCUUGAAGUUGAUUGCAGAUGACACCCUGGACCGUUUAACCAAUGAACAUGAGGCCUACAAACGAGCCUGUGACCUUGCCAACCACCUGAUGUCCAAUCACUCUCGUUUGUGGAGGCAAGCCCAGGGACUGCAGAUUGCCAUGGCCUUUUGCCGCAUGGAGCCUGCCACAUUCAUGCCAGUGCAAAUCACUGAACAGGCCUUGGACAUGCUUCGAAAUGCAUGCGUGAUCUGUGGCCAGACCUCAGCAAUGAUUUUCAGUGUGAUCUCUGUUUGCAAAUUUUCAACCUGCCUCCGCCUGAUCCUGCGCAGCCUGUUGACAAUAGCAGACUCGAACUGGUCCAAACUCACUUGCGUGGCAAUUGUCCUGUGGCGCUACAGUGCCUCUUGCUCUUGGGCACUGCCCUUAAUGGAGGGCGACUCGGUGAUGAAUGGAUGGGACGAGAGCGCCCUUGCUCAAAUCCGAGAGACCUAUCAGUUCUUGACGCCUCUCUUGGACAAGUCACUCAAGCUGCAGCCGAACCCAAAGCCUCAGAAAUCACGACGGAUGGACACCACCACUCAGGGCGAUCCAGCCGAUCAAGAUCAGCAAGGCCAAGGACCUCAACAGCUGCUCAAAUACCUCCAGGUGCUGGGGCAGCUGACGCUCCGACACGAGCACAACUGGAAUCUGCUGCAAAGCACAGAUUGUUUCAUUCUGUUCUUCCAGCAAGACCAGGAGAGCGCUCUCCACGGACUCUUGACAGCGACCCAAGAGUGGCACCAGCAGAGACAAUCGAACCCCAUGGGCAUGACCACCACGCUGCGCCAACACCUAUGCCAACAUCUCCUACAGGAUCUACUGAACAGAACGACGAAGGUCUCCAAGAGCAAGCCAGGGGAGGUCUUGUUCCAGGCUUGCAGAGACCGCAACCUGAUUUUGGAGGACAUGAGCUGGCCCUUUCUGCGGUGGGACCCCACCAAGAAGAGCCUGGCGGUGGACAAGAAGAAGGCAGUGACAAUGCCCAAAAUGCUGGAGCAUCUGCAGGAACUCAUAGAGGAGUUCAGAGAUCCGACAUUAGUGGUCCGUUUUCAAGGACUGAGCACCAGCCAUGCUCAGGCAACGGUACCUUGGAAGCUUCAGCUGAACCUGCGCAGCAACCGUCCCUACGACCUGAUGAGGGAGCUGACACAUUCGUCAGUUUGGCUUCUGGCGGGCACUUCCCUGAAGGUGCACUCGAUGCAACAGAGCGGCCUAGCAAAGCAGGUUCAACAACUUCUUCCCUUGCAUGGCAAGAGCAAAGGGACGGGGAAAUCUCGGACCAAGGGCAAGAAGACACAGGAUUGCAGUGAGUUUGUGCGAGCAGCCAUACUAUGGCUUGACUCACCUGACAUCGACCUGAAAUGGGAGCGCAGAUUUGAACUUGCUGAGACUGCACAGUGCCAUGACCAGAGCCACACAUGCAUGCCAGUUUUUUUGCAGUUUCCACCCAGCACGCACACCAUGGAUGCUUGCAAAAUUGAUGACCUGAUCCGCUUUUGGCAUCAGGCAAAUGGCAUGCGUGCCGCAAUGCUCCAAGCGGCGCCCAUAGUAUGUUUGCACAUUGACAGAAUGAUUGAAUCCGCACCUGGCCAGAUCGAGAAAUGCAGUUGUGCAGUAGACUUGGACACAGAGGCCAUGAUCCCUUUCUUUCUUGCAAGAGACACUAAAUGCGAAACAGUGAACUAUAUUCCGGUUGCAGCAGCAUCACACCAGGGCGCUGAUCAGGCCGGCCAUUAUCAGGCACUCCUGAAGAUUCAGCCCACGGUGCUGUCUGCACAUCCAGUGAAAUGGUUACUGACCCAGGACAACAUGCCUCCAUUGGCCUGUUGGGACAUCCCACCUGGUUUUCGUGAAAAUCUGACAGUGAUAUGGCUCAUCAGAGCGGACUGCAUUCAGAUUCCAUUUUAUGUGCCUCGAGCAAACCAGAACUCACCACCAGCUGACCUGGCUACCCAGAUACUGACAUUGCUGGGGCAAACCGGACCUCUGUUGCCUUCCGAUGAAACUGCGCCAUCCAGCACGAAGCAAUGA